UGGACUAAAAAACUCAAAAUGCUGAAAAAUGGUUCUAUUGGAUUUCGAUAUCAUAUUCAUAUUCAUACGAAAAAGAAAAAAAUGAAAACGAAGCAUUCCCUCCAUUCUCAGUGGACAUUAAAGUAUUAAUUCUUUCACAUAACGACAGGCCCUCACAUGGCCGGUGCGGUGGCGUGCGCCGUUGCUGACGCCGACGCUAAUGGAAGUGGUGCGUUUGUUACUUUUGCACUCCAUUUCUUUCGGUUAAAGUCUCAUAAGCAAUGAAUAACCAAUAUCUUUCACCUCUCGGUAUCCAUGGCGGACCUUCAGACACCAACAUAACAGUUCAUCAUGAAGGCAAUUGAAGCAGGACUUUGCUCAAUCUGGCUCUCCGGAUUGCUACUGAUUGCUCUCUCGUUGUAUGCUACUCAAUGUUUGCCUUCCUUCAAAGACCAUUUUGUGAAGCCCGAGCUUGGCUCUAAAACCUUGGGUGAUUCACUCAAUCCUUCAAUUUCAAUUUUCUCAGCUCCUCGCCGUUUUGUUGGUAAUAUUGGAGUUCGACAGAGCUUAGCUAUUCGUUCAUGGCUUGCUUUGUCCCCUCAAAUUACAGUCAUUUUGUUUAGCCAAGACCCUUCCAUUGUCUCUUCUGCAAGUUCUUUUAGUUCUCGGGUUUAUAUUGAUAGCGACAUUGAUUUUACAUUCCUUGGAACCCCUUAUUUCCAUUCAAUGAUGGCAAGAUCUCAGUCAUUUGCAUCAGACAUUUUUGCAUUUGUUGAUCCUGAAACUAUUCUUCUUCCUGAUUUUAUUUCCACUUUGAAUUACGCUUAUAAGCUUGACCGUGAUUGGCUGCUUGUGGUGUCAUCGCGAAACAUUUCGUACAUACCAUUCUAUUUUAAUGAGUCCAAGAGUUAUCUCUCAAUGGAGGAUAAACAAUUUACAAGAAUACAGAAGGAGUUGCUCAAUGAGCAUUGGCAAUGGAGUUACUGUGGAGGGAAAGAACUAAUAGCGUGGAACAGCUGGGACAGUCCAUUGCACGGUGGAGUUCUUCCACCCUUCUUGUAUGGAAGAGGGAUCCAUAACAAUUGGGUCAUCAAUGAAGCUAUGGCAUCUGAAUUCAGGUUUGUGUUUGAUGCAAGUUGGACCAUCAGUAGUCUCUAUCUCCAAGAUCUUGAGCAGCCAUCCAGUGGAAGAAAUGAAUAUUCAAAUUCUUCAGUUAAUGGAACAAGAAGCUGGGAAUAUUUUGGAAACCACCAUCUUGGUUCAAUAUAUGGAUCUUCAUUUCAUCCCCAAGCUAAAAAUUUGACUCUAAUGAAACUUCUCAAGUGUAAUGGGCACUAUAUUUUGAUCAACACAACUGAAAACACACUAAAUCAAUUUGUUUUUGGGAGGAAGAAGAAACCUACAACUUGUGACCAUAAUUUUCGAUCACUGGAGAAACUACAAAAUUGCUCAGUGACAAACGGGAUAUCAUAUUCAGAAACUUUAGAGCUUCCAUUUUCCUUGGAGCUUCUCUUGCCCCUGGUUGCAGAUAAGAAUAAGACAAUUGUGCUUGCAAUUGCAGGUUAUAGUUACAAGGAUAUGUUAAUGAGUUGGGUUUGCAGAUUACGCCGCCUACAGAUCUCCAAUUAUUUAGUUUGUGCUCUCGACUCAGAUACCUAUAAAUUCUCAGUCCUGCAGGGCUUGCCUGUGUACAGAGAUCCAUUGCCUCCAACCAAUAUCAGUUUCAAUGACUGCCAUUUUGGAACAGAGUGCUUUCAGAGAGUGACAAAAGUGAAGUCCAGAAUGGUUUUAAGGAUAUUAAAGCUGGGUUACAAUGUACUUCUUAGCGACGUUGAUGUAUAUUGGUUUAUGAACCCUCUUCCCUUUAUUUACACUUUUGGUUCUGGUGUUCUUGUAGCACAAUCUGAUGAAUACAAGAAAACAGGACCAAUUAACCUACCUAGACGCUUAAACUCUGGUUUUUAUUUUGCUCGUUCUGAUGAAUCGACAAUAGCUGCCAUGGAGAAGGUGGUGAAGCAUGCAACAACUUCAGAACAAUCAGAGCAGCCAAGCUUCUAUGAUACCCUUUGUGGGGAGGGAGGUAUUAAUCGUGUGGGUAGUAAUAAAUGUUUGGAACCUGAAACAAAUUUAACAAUCCAUUUUUUGGAUAGAAACCUUUUUCCUAAUGGCGCAUACCAAGGACUUUGGAAUAAAAAAAAUGUCAAAUCAGCCUGCAGGAAGAAGGGCUGUUUUGUUCUCCACAACAACUGGAUUAGUGGAAGACUAAAGAAACUGGAACGUCAAAUGUUUUCAGGACUUUGGGAUUAUGACAUGAGCACAAGGAUGUGCAACCAUAACUUGCAAGGUAAAGUUUGGUGAAUUCCUUCAGUACGUUGGAGGAUUUGUAAAACCCUACUUCCGGAUUGGAUGAUUUUUGCCCUCUCCAGUUGCCGAGGGGCUAAACCUAUAUGGUAGGAUGGUGAAUUGAACGAAGAACCGUAUGGGGUGAAAAUCUCACGAACGGUUUUAUUGAGGGGAAAGUAAGGGUGACUUAUUUGCUGACUUCUCCACUAUCAUCCCUGAAAAAUCAAAUUCUGCCUUAUGUAAAGUUGUCGAGUACGCUUAACUUUGGGAUUUGAAAUUACUGCUUACAUACAUGAUAUUGGCCAUAGUUUUCAAGAACUUGUAGUCUUAGUAGGGGGGAAGUAUUAAGGAUUUAUUCGGUUUGAGAUAUCACAUUGUUUGAGGAACUUUAGAUAGAUGUUGGAGUAAAAGAUCGUCAACAGGGCAGAUUUUGAAAUUUUGGAAGGAUGAGCUCCCACAAGCAUGAAUUUGGAAGAGAUAUACUAUUAGAAGGUAAACUUAGAGCUUGUGGUCAGAUCAUAGGUGCAUGUAACAUGUUAUGCUGAUAAAUUUUAAAAGUUUGAGCAAAGGCUCUACGAAAAGUACUCUAAGUGUGAGUAUGGCUAUUUGGUAUAUUGAAAGAAUGAUUGCUCUGCCAGAAUAACACAAAAUUAUCUCUUAGUUCAGUCUACAGAAGUACAUAAAUCUUCAGCAAGAAUCCAAAUAUCUAAAAGGAAAAAAA